GAGACAAAUUGAACUAGUUGAACUACAUUUCCUUAGCGAAAUGCUGACAUUCAACAUGGCUGGUAAUUUGACCCCAUCAAAAUGUUUCAGUUUAACGUUCAACUUACUCGUUCUCCUUGGAUUUCUCGCUGCAAAUGCCUCAAGCGCAUUCGGCGACGAAGAGUUGUUGGGCAAUUUCGGUUACGAAGGAGAAGAAUCGGCCUAUCCUAAUCAAUUCGAAGAAACUAGAUCUGCCGAACCUGGCGAGGAAGGUGAUUUGAGAAAUCAUGAACUUCAAUAUCAAUGGAGGCAAUAUCCCAGUUACGGAAAGAGGAAUCGAUAUGGACAUUACCAGCAAUACUACCCUGUACGACCUCAGCCGAACUAUGGGACAUGUAGAGAUGCCCCUCAAUGCAAAGCAUGCAAAGCUCCAAAAGUGCCCAGUUACCAACCAUCUGCUCGAUCUGUUCGCGUCGAAACUAGAGCUUGGGAAUACCAGUUUGACGAAGAUCAGUCUGCCCACGCAGAGUACGAAUUGCGCUAUUAUGUGACACGAUACCCAUAUCCCAAGCCAUCACUUCCUCAAUGCAAUAAAGAGUGCAAAGUGGAUAUACCUAAGGUCCCCGUAAAGAAACCGUACUUCAAUCCUGCUGCCCAAUAUUCACCACCCGGCUAUGGCGGCUACGGUCGCUAAACAUCCAGGCCGUCAUUGCAUUGCUGUAAUUUAUCAAAUUAGCGGUUUAAUAGCCUUCACGUAACUUAAAGCAACAAAAUUCCUUUUAAAAUGUUAAAGCGACUUAACGUCCUUACGAUGCUUCCUCCUUCACUCCAGGCCUUAAAAGAACACUUUGAAUAACAAAGUUGUUUCUUCCAAUGCUACACAUUUCAAAUUAGGCCAUUAUGCUUCAACGGGAGUGUUGUAU